UCUUUAAUUGUGAAGGUGUGACCGGAUGUCGCCAUCCUCACUGCCGCCGCCUUGACUCGUCUAUCAGCUCUGUUGCAGACGGAGCGUCUUUGUGGUGAUUCGGGAUCGAUACGGAUCUGAUCGGUGUGAUCGACGUGAAGCAUGAUGAACAGUGCAGCUAUCUACCCCUCUCUCAAUGCCCCCACUACCCCGGCCAACAUGUUUGGCAGCGUCCCCGGAUACGAAGGCCUGGUUCCCGGAGGAGGAGGUUUCCUUCCACCUCCGAUGCCCGCUGAGCCUGUAGCGCCACCCCAACCAGGAGCUGUACCUGACGACUGGAGCAUCCCCUCUCUGUCAGAGGAUGUGGCUAAUGAUGCGUUCAAGAGCUUCGCCUCGUCUCACUGCUGCUACAGUAAAGCUCCGGCCAACGACGGCGUCAUCACCAAGAUGGAGCCGUUCAACACGUACAGGUACCGUUUGGAGACAUUUACUGAGUCCAGGUCGACUGAUUGGGCCACCAAGCCUCAUGAAGGUGAGCCGGCUGACUUCUACACCCAGACCGCCCCCCGACCCUGGGAGAUCCAGGCCACGGCCCCAAAACUCUUCUCGGACCACAAAGAAGAGAUCCGGGUGCCCUACACCUCCUCAAUCAAGGACUGCCAUACCUGUCACACCACUGGGACGAUGCCGUGCCAAGAGUGCCAGGGAAAUGGAUCCAAACCCUGCUGGGUAUGUAACGGUUCUGGGACCAACAACAAUGACAGCUGCCAUCGCUGCAACGGUUCCGGCCAAGACAAGUGCUCAGAGUGCCAGGGAAGAGGGACGAAGGACUGUGAGACCUGUAAAGGAAGACGACAGCUACUGGCCUACAUCCAGCUCACGGUGCAGUGGACCAACCAUGUGACUGACCACGUGGUCGAGCAGAACUCUGGUCUGAAGGUCGAUGAUCUGAGUUCAGUUAGUGGGAAGGAACUGUUCAAGAACAACCAGUACCAGCUCUACCCACUGCUCGGGUUCCCAAACCCGGCCAUCUCCCAGGCCUCCGAGCGACUCAUCCAGGAGCACCUGGCCCAGUUCGCCCAGAGCUCCAGGAUCCUGCAGCAGAGGCAGACGGUGGAGCUGAUCCCCAUCACUAAGGUCAACUACAAGUGGAAAGGUGACACUCAUGUCUACUAUGUUUACGGCAACGAGAACAAAGUCAACGCCGACGACUAUCCAGCAACCUGCUGCUGCGUCAUCCAGUAGAAACCAACACACUUUUUUCCCUUCAGCUCCUUUUCCAGAUGAAUAUACAUCAUAUUUCCAGAUUUAACCAUUAGAUCAGAGCUGCUCGAACAUGUUAAUCUGAUAUUAUUCUGUCAUUUAAAUCUGUGUUUCACUGCAGCUUCCUUUUAAUCAAUUACCUGUCCUUCACACAGUGCUGAAACUUUAGCAACAAAGUGCCCGUAAAAACACACAGCAGCCUUUUCCUGAAGUUUUUCAGCAUUUCUACCAGAAUUAUUCUGUGGAUCAGUUCAGACUCUACCUCCUGUUAAAACGCUGGGAUGCUUCAUCAGAGGAAAUAAUGGACAUUAGCUGCACCUCUGAUUCUUUAAUUUAACCUUUAUGUCAACUGUUUUAUCUGAUUUUUUUCAUUGUUAAACCACCCAACCCCAGAACAUGCUGGCAGGUUUGAAAGACAUUUUAUCUUUUUAAUAAAAUACCAAAAUUGCAACAUUUGUCAGAAAAAAACUGUGAAACUGAAAAUUUUUCAUGUCUACUAAGAUGUUCCAUCAGAAAAUGUGACCAAAUCAGAGCUUAAAAUUGUGAUGUUAUAAAUAUCACCAAAAUUGCAUCUUUUUUAGAGCCAGAAACUGUAAAAACAGAAUAAAUUGUCAGAUUUCCAACUUUCUGGUAGUCCUUGAACUACUCAUCUGCGACAAGAGCUUAAAACUGUAAAAUAUCAUCAAAAUCACUUUUUACAAAAUGGGUCAAAAUUUGUCCAAAAUGGGUCAAAAUUAGAAAAACAGAUGAGUUUUUUUUUUUAAAUGACUCCAGAUUUAUCCAAAAUGACUCUAAAAUGGUCUAAAUGAGUUCAAAAAUUUCCAAAAUGACUCAAAACAUUUACACAAUGACUCAGAUUCUAUCCAAAAAUGAUGUAACACUGUCCAGAAUUACUCCCAGUUUGGCCAAAAUGACUCAAAACUCACCUAACGUGACUCAGACUUUUUCCAAAGUGGCUCAAAAGUGAAGAAAAAAUGAGUCCACAGUGAGGAUAAAAUAGCCAACAGUGAUGAAAAAUGACCUCAUGUCACGUCAAAAUAAGCCGACAGAAAUGAAAAAUUAGCCCACAGUGAUAGAAAAAUGAACCAGUGAAGAAAAAUGUGACAAGAGCAAAAAAACCCACCCAGAGUCUGUUUGUUGGGGUUCAGAGGUUUGAACCAGUUUGCUGUUGAGUCCAUUAUUGCUUCUGUGUUGACGUCUCUUCAACUUUCCAAAGGUUUUUUCCAGUUACAGUUUACUGCGAACAUGUACCAGUACAUGCCACGUUAUACACAGAAACCUCAUUUAUCUGAAAUAUUUCUAGAUGCUGUUUUUUUCUGACAUCUGAGCUCAACUUGUGUUAGCACCAGUAAAAGGUUAAAAAAAAAAAAGGUGAAUCAGUUUGUAGAGAAAUGACAGAAUCUGGUUCUUCUGGUUUGUUUUUUUUCUUUCCUGUUGAAGCCUGAAGGUAGAAACCACUUCAGAGUUCUAACUGUGGCGAAGCAAAAGGUGGUUUUUAUUUCUCUUAAAGUUCAGUUAUUCUAACUCUCAGCUUCUUUGUUUUCAUCUCAGGACUUCAAAUCUUUUACGGAAGAAAAAGCACUCAGAGUUGGUUCCAUGUUUUCAUCCCAUCUGCUAACUGGAACCAUGUUUUUGUGUUGCUGAAUCUCAACAAAAAGCUAAUAAAUGACAUUUUGGACGCUGCAGCCCAACGUCACGACAUUUUUUUAUUAGUCGGUGCCACAAAUUACUCCCAAUUUAGCCAAAAUGGGGCAAACGUGUCCAAAAUGACUCAAAACUAAUCUAAAGUAACCCAAAAUAUUUCCAAAAUGGCUCAAAACCAUCCAAAAUUAGUAGAGAUUUGUUGGAUAAAACUCAAAAUUGAUCAAAAAUAGUCAAAAAAUAGUUUAAAAAAUGUCCGAAACUUAAAAUUUGCCCAAAAUGACACGAAACAUUUCCAAAAUGGCACCAAUUCUGUCCAUAAAUGACUGAGCAUCGUCCAAAAUUACUCACAAUUUGGCCAAAAUGGGGCAAAAUUGUCCAAAAUUAUUCCAAAAUUAGCUAAAACUUCUUCCAAAAUGACUUACACCUUAGUCAAAAAAUCGAAAUUUAUUGGCUAUAACUCAAAAUUUAUCCAAAAUGACUCUAAAAUGGUCAGAAAUGAGUUAGAAAAAUGUCCAAAAUGACUCAAAAUUUGCCCAAAAUAACUUCAAAUUGUCCAGCAUUUGCUAAAACUUUUUCCAAAAUGACUUAAAACUCAGUUGAAAAGUGGAAAUUUGUUGGAUAUAUUUCAAAAUUUAUCCAAAACAAAUUGAAAAUGGUCAAAAUUAGUUCAAAAAAAGUUUCCAUAAUGACUUCAAAUUUGGCAAAAUGACCCUAAAUAUUCACACAAUGACUCGGAUUCUGUCCAAAAUUGACUGAACAUUGGCCAACAUUUUGGCCAAAAUAACUCAAAACUCACCUAAAGUGACUCAAACUUUUUCCAAAAUGGCUCAAAACCAUCCAAAGUUAGUCGAGAUUUGGUGGAUAUAAUUCAAAAUUAAUCAAAAAUUAAUCUAAAAUUGUCAAAAAAUUAUUUUAAAAAUGUCCAAAACAACUAAAAAUUUGGCCAAAAUGGCCCAAAACAUUUACACCAUGACUCAGAUUCUGUCCAGAAAUGACUGAACAUUGUCCAGCAUUAUUCACAAUUUUGCCAAAACGGGUCAAAAUUUUCCAAAAUGAACUAAAACUUUUUCCAAAAUUACUUGAAAUACAGUUGAAAUUUGUUGGAUAUAACUCUACAUUUAUCCAAAAUUGGUUCCAUGUUUUCAUCCCGUCUGCUAACUGGAACCAUGUUUUUGUGUUGCUGAAUCUCAACAAAAAGCUAAUAAAUGACAUUUUGGAUGGUGCAACCCAACAGUUUUUUAAUUUAUUGGCGCCACAAAUUGGUGCAUCAAAGUUUAAAAAGUCGUUCAGAUUUAAUUCACCCCGACUGUUUGUGACUUUCAAUGGAAUCAGUUGAUUUUGCAGCUAUAAAUUUGCAGUUUAAAUGCUUUUAUGGUUGCACUCUCUGUGUUUACAGGCUAGUAAAGUGGUUCCCAAAAUGGGGAAAUGAUCUCCAGAAAUUCUAGAGUAUUUAAAAAAAAUAAGGAAACUAUAUUUUAGCCAUUAUUGUUACCGGAUAUAAAAAAAAACAGAGUCUGCUGCUCCGACGUACUGUAUGUCUACUACAGUUUCUACAUGUAGAUUACUUUGACUGAUGUGCUCUGAUGUGCAUUUAAAGUUUUAAACAGAAGUGUAAUAUCACUUAAAUGUCCAAUAAUUCUAUUUUGUAUCACCUCUUAAUGAAUAACUGCAUUAUUUCUUAGUUGAACAGUAGAAAUUUAGCACUUUAUAAAGACGAUAUAACAUUAACUUCUAUGGACAGAGAACAAGAAAAACAACCUUGUUGCUGUUCAGAGCUAGACUUCCAGAGAAAACAAUGAUAAGAAAAACUUGAUAAGAAGUCUGGCGAAUGUUAGUGACACGUUCUUCAGUCACAUGAUACCAAAAUAAAUUUGUUUGACUCAGAAACCUGAAUGUAAAUAUAUGACACAAACCUUUUCAAAACUACUCAAUGUUACACUGCAACAUAAAUUACUCAAAAUCUGACCAUUAUGAGUUAAAAUCUGUGCACAAUACCUUAAAAUGAGUCCAAAAUGGCUUUAAAGUUAGUCUAAAAUUAAUUAUCAACUUCCAAAUGGGUUUAAAGUGACUCAAAACUCAUCCAAAAUGGCUCAAAAGUUGUACAAAAUGUUUAGAGUUGUCAAAAAUAAAACAAGAUUUGUCCAAAAUUACUCAAAUUGUGUCUGAACUCACGCAAAAUUAUGCAAAAAUAUGUACACAAUGGCUUAAAACCUGUCCCAAAAUGAGGAAACAUUGUCCAAAAUGACUCAAUAUUUGUACAAAAUAGCUCAAAAAUGUUAGACGUCCAAAUGUGCUCAAAAUGGCACAAAGCCCAUCCAAAGCUGUCUUAAAACUGUCCAGAAUGACUCAAAGCUUUGCCAAUGAGAUUAAAAAUGCUCAUAGGGACUUAAACUUUGUCAAAAUGUGUACACAAUGACUCAGUACCUGUCUAAAAAUGACUCCACAUUGACCCAUUUUAUCCAGAUCUCAUUCAAAAUGAUUCAAGAUUUGUCAAAAAUAAAUUUAAAAGAUGUCCAAGACGAGUUAAAAUUUGGACAAAAUGACCCAAAACAUUCACGCAAUGACUCAGAUUCUGUCCAAAAAUGACUGAACAUUGUCCAACAUUACUCACAGUUUGGCCAAAAUUACUCAAAACAUUUACACAAUGGCUUGAAACCUGUCAAAUAAUGACAACAACUAAAUUACUCACAAUUUGACCACAGUAAGUUAAAAUUUGUCCAAAAUGACUCAAAACUCACCUAAAGUGACUCAAAAUAUUUCCAAAAUGACCGAAAAUCAUCCAAAAUUAGCUACAACCUUUUCCAAAUUGAAAGUGGAAAUUUGUUGGAUAUGAAUUGAAAUUUAUCCAAAAUGACUAAAAUGAUCAAACAUAACUUUCCAUAAUGACUUCAAAUUUGGCCAAAUGACCCUAAACAUUCACAGAAUGACUCAGAUUCUGUCCAAAAAUGACAGAACAUCGUCCAAAAUUAUCGCAAUUCACAAUUUGGCCAAAAUAACUCAAAAUCAUUCAAAAUUGGAUGAAACUUUUUCCAAAAUUUCUUAAAACUCAGUUGAAUAGUGGAAAUUUGUUGGAUAUAACUCAAAAUUUAUCCAAAAUGGAUCUAAAGUAGUCAAAAUUAAUUUUUAAAAAAAUGUCCAACAUUACUCAAAAUUUGCCCAGAAUGACUUAAAAUUCUCCAAAUUUGACUCGGACAAAAUAUCAACAUUAACAUUGGAGACUUAGAGGUAAUCUGAUUACUCUGAGGUGAUGCACUUGUGAAUUAAAUUAAAAUUAAGUGAUAUUCCUCCCAUCUGUUGAGUCCUAUAAAUACAGUAUUCUAUAAAAUGUUACUCUGGUUGUUGGGUUGUUGUCUUCUUUUGUGUUUUUUCUUUAAAUCCGCCUCGUUUUGGGGUCGAGGCUGAAAAGUUUGCAAACCCUGACACUGGAUGAAAUCAUUUAGAAUGACUGUUUCCUGAUCUACCUGAAGUCCUUCAUAUUUUACCUUCAGAGCUUCGUGUGUUCACGUUUCCUGUCCUGGAAGCUGAAAGGAAUUCUGGGUAGAAGAAACCAACAAAGAGAGGAAGGAAGGAAGGAAACAGAGGUCUGGAGGGAGUUUAGGACAGAAAGAAACAGUUUUAAAUCUUUAAAUGCUGUUUGAUGCUUGAAGUUUUAACUCAUCUUUAGAGAUUAAAAGCAUGUAAAAGUAAAAGUAGAUUACACUUUUAUUGAUGUUGAAGUUUAAAUGCUGAAUAACUAAUAGUUUAAGGGCUAAUUGUGUUUUUAUAUAGUCUAGAGGGGUUUACUGUGCUUCAAGUUCAUCAAAUCCAGACUUUCUUUGAGUUAACUGGAUCAAUUAAACCUAAAACCCCAAUUAGAGAUAAUGAUCUCCUUAAUUCACCUGAACGUUGAUGUUUAAAUGAAUAAAGUUUAAAAUUUGAGAGCUCUAAUAUGCAGCUGUGAGUUAAAAAUAAGCAGCUAAGAGUCACCGAGUGGGAAAAUAAAUAUAUUAACUUACAGCUUUAACAGUUUUCUGCACCGUAAGAAAAAUUCUGUCAAAAAAACCCUGCGAAACAGUGGAAUAGUGUGAAAAAGUGUAAAAACAGUGAAAAUAAUAAGCAUUAUUAGUUGAUUUAAUUGCACUAAAAAUAGUUUUACGUUCACACACUGCACAGAAUUUUAAAUUAUAGAUUUUUCAUGUGGAAACUUUCUUUUUCAUUCAACAGUUCAAAAUAAAAAAAAAUUUAGUCUUUUUAAAAUCUCUAAUAUGCAUAUUUUUUCUUUCAAAUACCAACAAAUAUCUGUCAAAUACCAACAUUUUUUAAAAACUUUUUAUUUAUUCCACAGAGGUAAAACAGAUGAAGAUGUACAAAAAUCACAUCACCACAAUUUACAAACUACUCAGUCCAUAUCUUGUUACUUCAGUCAUAAAUACAUAUACAUAUCUCCUUUCCGUACAAGUCAUACACCAGUCAAGAUUAUAUAUUUUACAUAGAUACCAACAACAAUCUUGAAUUCUGACUUCUAAUAUUCACUCGCACGGGUAAGUACGCAACCAAAAAGCUACUUAUAUAAAUAAAAAAAAUACAUUGGAAAAAAAAGGGAGGUAUUUAGAGCUCUGGCAUCGCUUGUAUAAUCGGUUUCCAUCUUCUCUCAAAUUUUCCUAGUUUCGGUUGUAGUCUUGCUGUAAUUUUUUCCAUUAUAAAAACCUUUUUUACUCUUUACUUGCCGUAUCACAUAUUCCUUAACUUUGUAAUCCAGAAAGCGCACAAUGAUUGCUCUCGGCGGUGCCACGCUGUCCUUGGGUUUAGCCACCAGUGACCGGUGCGCCCUCUCCAUGCAUAUUUCCAUGUCACCUGCGAUUUGGACUUAAUAAGUCCCAUUGUGAAGUCAAUGGUAUAGUUCUUCUCUGCACCCUCUGGGAUGCUGUGAAUCCCUAUGUUGUUGUGCCUAAUUCUUGACUCCAAGUCAUCGCACUUGACUGACAGUUUGGCCGUUUGAUGAAGAAGGAAGGCAGCUGUCCUCCGUAUUUUCAGUUCUUUCCUCCGUGUUCCCCGUUCUUUGCUCAAGGGAUGCCGUUCUUUCCAUAAGCUCUUUCAUGUUCGUUUCGAGCCUAGCCAUUGCUCUCUUGUUGUCACUUACUGCUUCGGCUUGUUCCUGUCUUAAUUUGCGUAGCUCCAUUAAUAUGACGGAAUCAUGUUCUCUUCUAGCCGACUCUAGCCGCGCCGUCUCUGGGGUCGUUCCCUCCACUGACUCGGUACAACUUUCCUUUGCACCGUCCUCCUCUCCCGACUUCCCUAUCUUAACCAUAUUUUUCAUACACUUUGUUCGUCGACUUAUUUUCCUGAUUUCCGUACCUUCUUUUGACGUUUUUGCUUUAGUUAAGAGCUAGAUUUAAUUGGUUUUCUUCUGAGCUACUUUUCUUGCUACUAUCUACAACAUGGCGCCACCGGAAUUCCCACCAACAUUUUUUUAAUACAGUAAAAACACACAAAAAAUUUUAAAAACAGUAAACAGUCAGGGGUUUUUGUAAAAAUAAUAAUAAUAAUAAUAAUAAUAAUAAUAAUAAUAAUAAUAAUAAUAAUAAUAAUAAUAAUAAUAAUAAUAAUAAUAAUAAUGUGGAGAUUGUUCACAGUUAACAUUAUUCAAAGUUUUUUUCAAUUUGUUAUAAAUAUUACCUGUGAUUAAAUUAUUAAAAGAGAAAAUCUGUAAAAUUACAAAUUAUUUACCAUUUUUCAUUCCUUCACAUUAUUUUUGCUUUCAAAUAAUGGCAAAUGAGAAUAUUUCUUGCUGGUUUAAACACAGUUUUAAAAAAAACUAAUUUUUUAUGGUCAAAUGUUGCAAAAAUAACAGUUUAUUUGAAAAAAAAAUAUUUUCUAUAUUUUUAGUUUUAAUAUUCAUAAUUUUUCUUUCAAAUAACAGCAAAUAUCUGUCACAUAUCAAUGUUUUUUACUGAUUUAAAUACAGUUAAAAAAAUUUAAAGUUUUGAAAAAAUAAGAAGUCUGUUUUUUACUUUUUUCAAACUUAAAAAAUAAAUAAGUAUAAAAAUAUUGUUUUUUAAUGUGGACAUUAUUCACAGUUCGCAUUAUUCAAAAGAUUUUUUAGUAAUUUGUACAAAAUAUCUGUAAUUUAAAUUGUUAACAGAGAAAAUAUGUAUAAUUAUUUAUCAUUUUUGAUUCAUUCACAUUAUCUUUACUUUCCAAUAAUGGCAAAUAAAAUAUUUAUGGCUGGUUUAAACAGUUAAAAAAAUAGUGUAAUUUUAUGGUCAAAUGAUUUGCUAUUUAAAUAUAGUAAAACAAAAUUAAAAAAUGAUUAAAUUUUUACUUGGUUUCUUUUUUUUGUUUGUUUUUUACAAACAUUGUAAAGGAACAAAUUAUGUAUAAAAACUACAUUUUUUUAAUGCAGACUUUUUUUGUUACAGUUUUGGCCUUCUUUUUUUACUGUCAACAUAUAAAUUAAGUAUUUUUUCUCGUCAUAAUCUGUUAUUUAAUAAAACAUGAAGCAUCUGUAAAAUAAACAGUAAAUUCUUCAAAAAAGGACAAUUUAAAAACUGUAGAAAAAGAAAAAAGUAAUUUUUACAGUGUACCACAUUCCUCUCAUACAUCAUUUGCAGUAAAAAUCUUGAAUUUUACGGUAAUUUUUUUUUUUCUGCACAAGUCUCCAUUUUAACAACUUGUUAGUCUGACCUACACAGGCAACACAUCAUUGAUCGAUUUACUGCAGAAGAAGAUGAUGCCACAAACGAUACGCAUCAUCUCUAGAUUUUAUUAAUUCAGCAAACUCAAAGAAAGCCAGGCUUACUUUCUUCCUACUUCCUCCCACUGGUCCAUUUGUCUCUAGUUUCAGUCAACAUAAAUAAAUAAGUAAAUAAAUAAGGGGGGGGGGGGGGGGUCUAAAAAAUAGGUUUUCACAUUCUGGAUAAAAUCAGAGUAACAGACUCACUGUGUCAUCACAAGUCUACCUAUAAAACAUUUUUAAAACACAUUUAUUUGGUCUUUCUUCAAAAAUCCUUUGCUGCUUCGAUGGCCACACCUCCUUGACCUUUCAACUUCUCUCCGCGCUUUCUUCAGGUUGGCUUCUAGUUCAUCCAGAUUCAUUAGUUUGUGUGCAGUUAGAAAAUUACUGAUGGAAACGGUGCCUGAAAAACACAAAACGGGCGAAGAUUCCUCAGUACCUAAAAACCUCGAGAGUUAUCUUAAAUUUGUUUUUAUCAAAGGAUAAGACAGAAUUAUGUUAUUUGUAGUGAAAUGCUCGCAAAUGACAGCAUGAAACCAGCGAAUUACGACGACGUCAGGAAACAAAACACAGUUCGGUAAAGUCGGAAAGAUAUUCAUAAAUUCGGACUUCCGGCAUCAAUAACUCAUUAAAUAUACGUUGUCUAAACAUAAACGAUGCCUCUUUUCCAUCGUUGUAAGGUAGACAAUGUACUACAAGCCCAAUUUAAUCAAAAGUAUCUGUCUUUCAAGCUGCAGAAAUAACAUUGGUGUCUAUAUGAGCAGCUGGCUGUGCGACGAGUGAACAGGGACCGUCUGCAAAAUGCAAAACCGCUGCAAACAGCGAAGAGACACAAAUAUUCAACAAAUUUACUGCAGCCAGCAACUGAUUCCUGCUGGUCAUACUACAACUCUUGGUUUGAUAUUAAAACAUUUUUUUAAUAUAAUUUUAAGGAUUUUUUAGUAAAAAAGAAAAUCAAUAACUUAACUCUAAUGCAUUGUAGUGUCACCAAAUUUACUGCAGCCAUAAACUCUCUCCUCCUCGUCAGACUACAACUCUUGGUUUGAUACAAAAUUUUUUUUUUUUUUAAAUAAUUUUGUGGAGUUUUCUAUUAGUAAUACAAUCCAAUAACUUCCCUCUUAUGUUUUGCAGUGUACUUAUGGGGUGGUAGGCGCCGUGCUGGGUGGGCGCUGGGGCUGGAGUGCAGCUUAUAACAGGUUGGGAACCACUGCUGUAGAGGGUGCUCAGUGCCUCUGCCGCCCCUGCUGGCUGUUUCAUCCAUGACACUCAGGACAAAUCAACGUCAUUUUUACGUUUUUACUCCAAAUGCUUAACCAACAGUACAUGUGUUUUUAUUUUUAUUACCAGUGUAUUUGCUACAGAUAUGAUGUCAGUUUCUGCUUUUCAUAAAAAUAUUUUUACAGUUAGCUGCUGAGCCUUUUGUAUCCUAAAUAUCAUAAUAUCUGCGUUUUUCCUGUGUCGGUAUAGCUCAGCUGUCAGCGCGUUGUGAUUGUAGAUGUUUAACAUCUCAGUGUGAUGCUGCUGUGGCUAACCAGCAUUAGUGCUACUAACCUAAAGAUGUGAUGAUGCCGUUACUCUGUCUGUAAUAUUCUCAUUCUACAGUAGAUCAUUAAUCGUAUGUUACUGUUCAAACCAAAAAUAAACUCUGUGACUCCCCUG